CGCCGGCGGCGGCGGCCUGGCCUGGCUUGGCCCCGCCCGGCCGAGCUGCGGUGGUUCCCGGCCGGUUCCCGGUCGGUCCCCAGCUGGGGCAGGGCUGCCACCGACCGUCCCCCUCCAGCGCCCGCCGAGGGGCCUCGGCAGGAUCUCGGGCGAGGGGCUGGCUCGGCUGCGUCGCUGGAAAGCGCUUGGGACUUCCCGUUUGAGAGGGCGGCGGUGAUAACGCUUCCGGCACCUCCUGCCCCGGCGGUUCUUCCUGUGCAGAGAUGGAGGCUUUCACCUUGGAAUUACUGCAUGCAGCUUAUGCUUUAUCUGUUGGGUCUUCAUCUUUGAAAGGGCUUUGAGAAUACUUGUUGUCUAGAGACCUUGCUCGGAAAGCAGACUUGGAGUAAAGUCGAAUUAAGCAGUGUACCUUUAAAACCAGGAAGGAGUCUUAUGGAUUGGAUUCGGCUGACUAAAAGCGGGAAGGACUUGACUGGUUUGAAGGGGAGGCUGAUUGAAGUGACUGAAGAUGAGCUCUCUAAACACAACAAAAAGGAGGACUGCUGGAUAUGUAUAAGAGGAUUUGUAUAUAAUGUGACGCCGUACAUGGAGUACCAUCCAGGUGGUGAGGAUGAACUAAUGAAAGCAGCAGGAACUGAUGGUACAGAUCUCUUUGAUCAGGUUCAUCGCUGGGUCAAUUAUGAAUCAAUGCUGAAGGAAUGUCUUGUUGGGAGAAUGGCUGUCAAGCCUAUUGCUGCUCCAAAAGUGCUUGCAGAGAUUUCUUCUACUGUGUCUGAGGACAAGAAACAGCUUAAUGGUGUGCUUCCUGAGAAGAAAGUACUGGCUGCUUCUUCUAAAGAUUUAAGUCCAAGUUAUGACUGGUUCCAAACAGAUAGUUUGAUCAAAAUUGUCAUAUAUACUAAGCAGAAGGACAUGAAUGCAGAGUUGGUGAUAGUUGACUGUCAAGACAAACAAUUAAGGGGAGAGAUCAUCAUGGAUGACCAGUCAUAUCUUGUAGAAGUUGAUUUGGAUCAUGCAGUUUCAGAAGAUGUGGCUGUAAAUAUUGCUGAAAAAGUAGGGAAAGUAGAGAUCAUCUUAAAUAAAAAGGAUAACAUUCAUUGGAAAAUGCUGGGACAGCCUCAGGAGGGUCAUAAUACAUUUAUCAAACGCACAGACAGAGGACUGUUCUUCAGGAAAUGCAAGUUGGUUUCUAAGACAGAAGUUACCCAUGACACCAAACUCUUCUGCCUAAUGUUGCCUAAGGGCACACAUGUCUGUGUUCCCACAGGACAACACGUUUACCUCAAACAAAUUAUUGCAGGGACAGAGGUAGUAAAACCAUACACACCUGUGUUGCCUUUUUUGCCACUGGAUUUCCAAGAACCACCUCACCAUGAUAGCAUGCAUAUAUAUUUAAUGAUUAAAAUUUAUUCCCACGGACUGUUCACGCAGGCACUUGACCACCUACAGAUUGGAGACUAUAUUUCUGUCAGCAAUCCUGAAGGCAACUUCAAGAAGUCUCAAGUUCAAACUUCAGAAGAUCUCCUCUUAUUAGCAGGAGGCACAGGUUUCACACCAAUGGUUAAGCUGCUGAAUUUUGCUCUGACUGAAGUUAGCUGUCUCAGGACAGUGAAGCUGAUCUUCUUCAACAAAACUGAGGAUGACAUACUCUGGAGAAGCCAACUAGAGCAAUUAGCUCUUAAAGAUGAAAGGUUUGAGGUUCAAUUCAUUCUUUCACAACCAUCAAAAGACUGGAUGGGUAAACAGGGAAAGAUUUCUUCAUGUCUUCUCUCUGAGUUUGUGAAAAGGAGCAGAAGAGACUCCAAAGUACUUAUCUGCAUCUGUGGUCCAGCACCUUUUACAGAACAAGGAGUACAAUAUCUGAAGGAUCUUGGAUACUCCCAAGAAGAGAUACACGCUUUUACUGCAUAAACCCAUAGGAGGAUAUCAAUGUUUGUUUGUAUAAUUCAGUGUUACUUAUUUAUCUCCAUGAAUUUAAAUAAGUGAGAAACAAUUUUGUAAGACUUGAAAUUUCACUCUUGGUACCAAACUGUUUCUUGGAAGAAGCAUAUCUUUGAAAAAAAGGUUUUAUACUGUGUUUUAUCUUCUUUUUGUAAAUAUUUUUGCUAAUAUUUAAGUUAUCCAGGGUAUUAAUUUAUUGUAGAGGCAAGCAAAAAAGUGUAGUAUACAUUAUGUCAGUUGUUUCAUGUUGUUGGUUCAUGAGAAUUCUUGAAUUUACGACAAGCUCUGAUUAAGGUUUUGACUUGAUAAUGCUUAUUAUUUCUUACUGUAAAAAGUCCAAAGAGCAAUACUGUCUGAAAUUAAAUAUUGCACUGUAACUCAGGUAAUUGGUCAUUCAAAAAUUUUCCUUUUCAUCUGAUGUCUCUAUUUGACUUGAAAGUGAUCCAGAUACAUUUUUGGCUUUGUAAACAAGGAAGAAAAAUACCUUUGGUAAAGUAUAAAAUCUACAUCAAAUUAAAAAAAAAAAAUGAUUUUACAUUACUUCAUGUAUUUCUGCAAUUUUUUUCGUUAAAUAUUAUAAAGAAAGGUUUCCACAAGCUUAGUACUCCAGAUGAGAACUCAAAACAGAGCCAUGGAGUCUUGGUCUACCACAAAACUUCCCAUGUGACUGAUGUUACACAUGCCUUGUUAUGACACAAUCUGAAGAUAAAAACAUGACAGCACAGAUACCAGUUUCAGGACCACAGAAAUACCUAAAAAUAUUUGACAGGUUGCAGUAGUAUUAAAUGAGGUUAUUUCCACGGGUGUGGUUUUUUUAUGCUCCAUUAUUAAAAAUAUAUUAUCAUGAGGCAGUAACCUGCAGCCGAAUAGUAUUUUGGAGAAAAAAGCAGUAGAGCAGCUACUUUCUUAGAUGUUUUCAUGUUUUGUGUGACAUCUAGUACUGUUUAUGUCUUCCUGUUGUGUUGAAUGGAUAUUUCUUCCUCCUAAGAAGCAAGACUUGUAGUUGUGGCAUUAAUACAUUCAAGAAAAACGUCUUAAUGAUAUCCUUUAAAAAGGCUAAAAUUGCUAUCUGACCAUGACUGGCUAUGCUUAACUGUACGGUCAUCUCUUCACUCCCCUCCUCAGUUUGACUUGAAGUUAGAAAAGGAUCUGGUUCUCACUUGUUGCCCAUAGGUCACAAAUUAUUUUGGAAGACUGAAACUAUAGUUGAGGGCAGUCAUAAUUUGGUAUCUAUUGUGCAGUUAAGUGGAGGGACACUUUUCAAAGUUCCAAAGUGAAUUUUCUGCUAAGAUAAAUGGAGCUGCGUGUUUUCCUCAGGACUGGCUCUUAAAACCUUAGGCACUUUGAGGAUUUUUCAGAUGUAAUUUAGGAUUAAUUGUCAUACUUCUAAAAACCUCAGAUUUCCAGUGGAGUUUUGAAUAGAUCUGUUACUACUAAUAAUAGGUCUUUGUGUGAGUAACUCAGCAACAAGUGAUCAUUUGACAUUACUUCAACUUGCUGAUCUAGAUAUGAUACUAUUUGUUAAAAAUGUCAGAAGUUUAUCUUUUAAAUUUUGCUUAUAUUGUUCUAAUACUUGAAAGACUUGUUGCAGAUCACAAAUUUUAUAAUACAUUCUUAAAGUGAUGGCCACCAGGCUGAGCAUUUAAAAUCAAGUGUGAAUAUUUUUUUGAAGGCAGCAGUGCUCAUGGUCUGCCUGUUUGCAUUAGGAAUCAAAUCAGCAUUAAUGCAGCUGUUAAAAUGGAGCUGCUGGCAGUUGUUUGUUUGGUUUUUUUUCCAUAAUUAACCUUUAUUGCUAGCAACGUGGUCAAACAGGCACAAAAUGUUUUGACUGGAAAGCAGCCCAGUGCAAAAGGACUUGGGGGUGCUGGUUGAUAGUUAGCUGAACAUGAGCCAGCAGUGCCCAGGUGGCCAAGAAGGCCAGCGAUGUCCUGGCCUGGCCAGCAGUGGUGUGGCCAGCAGGACCAGGAGAGUGAUUGUGGCCCUGUUCCCAGCACUGGUCAGGCUGCAUCCUGAGUUCUGUGUCCACUUCUGGGCCCCUUUACUACAAGGAUGACAUUGAGGUGCUGGAGCAAGUCUAAAAGAAGUUAAGAAGGCUCAUGAACUGUCUGGGAGUGACUCACUCCUAUGAGGAACAGCUGAGGAGGGAGCUGAGUUGUUUGCUUGGAGAGGAGGCUCAGACCUCACUCUACAACUGCCUGAAAGGAGGCUGCAGCCAAGUGGGGGUUGGCCUCUUCUCCCAGGCAACCAGUGACACGACAAGAGGACAUAAUCUCUUGCACCAGAGGAGGUGCUGGUUGGACAUCAGGAAGAAUUCCUUCAAGGGCUGUCAGGUACUGAAAUGGACUGCUCCGGGAGGUGUUGGAGUUACCAUUCAAUAGAAUGUUCAAGGAACAACUGGACAUGGCACUUACUGCCAUGGUCUAGUUGACAAGAUGGUGAUUGUUCAAAGGUUGGACUUGAUGAUCUUAGAGGUCUUUUCCAACCUAAAUGAUUCUGUGAUUCCUGAAAGUUUUCUGUAUCCAUGUGUGAGCUGGUGUUGAUGAGGUAUAUCACACAGCAAAUUGCCGUGACUUAAAAAACAAGCAAGAGAAACAAAGUCCUUAAAAUAUUCAGUUGAGUGCUUCCAGCACAUUUCUUUGAUACAGUGUUCUGUGGUUAGAUGAAUAUCAAAAUGUUUUACACACAAAACAAUUAUCCCUACUCAUAUAAGCACUACCUUACAGCUUUUUUUUCCUUUGUAGGAUGAUAUUGAAAGUACCAUGACUGCUUUUGUCAACUUGAGAUACUUUUCCACUCUUCCAUUCUUUGCAUUAUUACAUGUUUAAAAGAUGCAAGGGGUGAAAUGACAGGAAAAGAAAUCAUAAAAAAGUUUUAAACACCUUACAGUUCAGUGGGUUUUUGUGUCUAUUUGAUCUCUCCAGAGCAGGAUUUAGGUUGAAAAUGAGUUGUCUAAAAUGAGCUGGCUGUGGCAGAGCUACAUUUAUGAGCUCUCUUAGUAAUCACUAGAAUUCAAAUCAGCACAGCCUGUGCCGGUGUUGAGAGUUGGUUCAGCUGUGCUGGAUGUGGGAUUAAGGGUGCUAUGGGCCAUUUGAGAUGUUCACUAGCAAGCCAGACCUAUCAACAGCAUCUUUUUUGCAUGUCUAUUUUUUCUUCCGUUUAUCCCUGUCAGACAAUGUUUUCUAUACAUCUGAAGGCCAGUUUGGUGCCUAAAUCUGUCUCAAUAUCUUGGUUUUUGAUCACUAGUGAUGUAAAGAAAUAGAACUGUGAAAGCAGGUUUAAGUUUUUUGGUGAUUCUGUUUUUUAACUGUCUUCAGGUUUUUCCUGUAUAUUUUUGUUUAAAAAUAUAUCUGCACUCCUAAAGAAUUAAUACUUUCAUGAUUUUCCUGAUCAUACUUUAAAUGGUCCUAUUAAAAUAGCUGUUUUCACACAAACAGAGGAAAGAAUAAGCUUACUUCAUUUUCUGUUCUACAGAUACAUAAAUCUACUUGGAGAAGGGAUUAUGUAAUUUUCCUAGGCUAGUCUGGAAAAAUUUAGAUUGACAAAAACCGAAACUCUGUAAAACCACAGCCCUUUCAUUAUAUCUUGAGCAGAUAUUAUAAAUAUUAAAGCUGCCAAUCACUAAGGGGAAAAAAAUCAUAUUUUUACAGAGUUGCCUAGAGUGUGUGAUCAGUGGCUUAACACUCUAGUCAGAGUCCAAAUUUACUUAGUUCUUGGCCAGGGUAAAUAUUCUGUGGUUGUCUCUCUAUACAGUCCUAUGAGUAUGCAGUACAGAUUCUCCUAGUUAACUACCUGCCUUUCAUUCUUUGAUUUUCCUGUUAUUGGAUAAAUUUCAUGUUUUCCCAGCUGAAAUUUCAGGGCAGGCCUGCGUGUUUAGUUCCCAUGGAAACAUUACUGGCUUCACACAAACUGGGCAUGCUGAGUUGCUGUGGCAACACAGGUAAAAAAUUGUAGUAGGUGUAGGAAAGUGUUAAGUCCAUGCUAGCUGCUAAACCUGAGCAUCUGCCAGGAGCUGCUGCUGGAUGCCCCAGAAGGGAGUGACAAGCUCCCUAGGAUGCAGAUCCUGGUCUUAAACCUUAAAAUGGCAGGAUGUUCUUCCCAACUUGCAUAUCUUUCUGCAUUUAACCAUGAGAAAUGCGCUUACCUUGUGUGCUUUGUAACUUCUCAAGGGAUUUAUUGAUUCUGUUAUGGAUGAUUGGGCACAUAGAGGUCAAAGAGGAAUGUCUGGGUUCUGUCACGAACUUGCAAACAUUUCUAACUGAAAUAUACCUGCUCACAAUCCUGUCUGUCUUUGCGUGUGCAGGUAGAAAACAUGAUCCUAUUGGAACUAUUUUCUCCUAUUUGAAAUAAUAAAUCAAUUUAAAAUGCGAUGAGAUGAGGUAAGGAAGAUCUACUUAUUGUGGAUUUAAAAGCAAAUAAAAAAAGAAGAUUGAAUCAACUUGCAAAAGAUACAAAGAUAUUUACCUGGCAGAAGAUGGAGGGCUGGGAAGGCAUUUGAGAAUAUGUGGUAGAAGAAUAAGUGACUUCAAGCUGCUCGAAUUGUAGUCAUACAAGAGCAGCUUUUACCAAUGUCUAUAAAGACAGGUAUAUUAGUUGAAGCACGGUAUGCUAUGAUCUUUCUACUCACUAAGUCAAAAGUGGUUCCUAGCUUAUUCCCAGUAAAGGGGGAAAAAAGUUGCUAAACCAAUUGACCAGCUCAGGAUGGGGAGAAGGUGCUCAUCUUGUUUCCCUUUUGGUCUUAUUGAUCUCUUUGAACUGUGUCCCCCUUCAUCAACUGAAGGCAGCACAGAAGACAAAGUAAAAUUUUGAGCAUCAGCUCCAUUGAAGAUGAAGACAAACAAUUUCAGAGAAGAGUUAUCUGCUUCAGUUAAAAUUGUGGAAACUACACCUGGAAUGGUGUUCAUGGAGAAGCCAGGGAGGUCCUGCUCUAAUGCAUAUUCCAAAAUAGCAAUAUGAGUUACAUGAGGGAUAUGAGUGACAGGUCUAAAUGUCAGCUGCUUGGGAGGUGAAAGAAAUGAUGUCCAGGAAGGUUAUAAUUUAGGGUAUUCUGCCCAAAACUUUCAUGUCUUGAAUGAUCUGUUCGUGAAAGGCCUUCACAGAUACUUUUACACCGGGGAAGGAGAGAGAAAGGAGGGUGUAUACUAUGUAACUGUUAAAUUUUGUGGGGAGCCAUCUCCUACCUCCACAGCAGGCUGAGCCACUUUUGGAAAGUGCAUCCAGUGCCUCUGGUAGCUUGGACUGUUUGGAACAGUGGAGUUUAGUUUGCUCCUAAAUAACGCAGUGUAAGUUUUAAGUAAGGUCAUCUUCACCUGCUGCCUCCCUGUAGCCAUUCAACAAGAUGAAUGAAUAAAAGCAGAUUCUUUAUGGCGGCAUCUUUUAAGUCUAAAAAGGUGUUUAAAUAACCAUCUUAAAUCCAUCUAUUCUCCUUUCAACAUUCGGCAUCAUUCCUCACAGGAAAAGUAAAUUCAUUAACAGGAAUUCUGUACAGUAGUCGAAUGAACAUUGUUCUUUUUCAGUGCAGAAAUUCCUGUACAAUUAUUUUUCUGUAAAGGCUACAGAAUAGGGAAGUCUUAAUAAAAAAAAAAAUCUGGAUAAGUAGUACUUAUAUGCAGAGAUUCCUCUGCAUAUUUUGAAGCCAGUGAAACAAUUUUAAUAAUUUAAUAUCUUCCCUACAGUUUUUUUCAUGAGCUUUAGGAAACUUGCCAGCAAAGUUUACAAGCUGAGCUACUACUACAUCUUCUUAGGAAACAGUCAGGGACUUGACCAGCCCUCCCAAGCUGUCAUCCUGGAACCAUGCAGCUUGGCACAGGCUGCUUUGUUCAGGCUCCCAGUGUGGGAGAUACUGGUACCUUAGGACUGAUACUCCCUUAGCUUUGGGCUUUGUGAGCACAGUAAAGAUGGACCCUGCCAAAAUGUUUUUGUAAACCUUGCUGAGGUUUUGCCUUUGUAAAUAUGCACCAUAGGUCUGAGUGCAUAUUUAGUCACACAAUUUUUGCUUUCCCCUAAGUAGUCAGCUUGUUCUUGCAUUUCUCUUGGUUGAUGAUGCAAACAGCUACCAAGGCCUUAUCAUGUAUUUUAUUCAUAUUAAAAUAAAUAAGUCAAUAAAUUGGUUGUUUUAAAUGUGAGCCUAUAAAACUUUGGUUACUUUUUGAACUCAUCUCCUAGGCUCCUAAUUUAUAUUUGAGACAUAACCUGUCAAAAACUCCACUCAGGAGACCUUUGAUCAGGUCUUUGCAAUGGUGUUCUACAGAGCACAGCUGGUCAGUGAACAAGGGCAAGGAAAGGAAUUCUGUAUUGAUAAUAUACUGUAUGUUUAGUGUAUUAUUUUUCAGACUUGUUUAUACAUCACCUUGUCCAGUGACACUAAUCUCUAGCUUAGCUUGCCUUACCAGUGCUGUUGUCUCAAAGUUUCUCUCUACCCUACUCCCUCCAAUUUAAGGUCUCAAACCAUCUCAUAUGCCUGAACCUAUACACCUUAUAUACUCCCCAGCACUCAUGACUGCUCUGUGUGUGCGUGUCCCCUGCACCAGCACUGUGCUCACUGUUCUCCUCAGGAGCACUCUGCUCUCUGCUGCUCUUUCCUUUUCCCUUAAGCUGAGUAGCUGAGGAACAGAAUCAAGUUAAAUUCAGAUCAACCAUCUCAAAUUUCAACUGGAAAUCUGUUCUU